AUGGGUCUCUUCUCCCGGAAGGAAAAGGCCCCCAAGGCCACCAGCAAGCCUUCAAUCAAUACUUCGAGCGUUAGCGUCGCCUCGGGGAACUCCAGCGUCAGAUCGCCUCCACCGCGCAGCAUCACUAUGAACAGAACCUCGGGAACAAGCACUACUCCCGGCACCCCGUUGACGCCUUUCUCGCCCGCUCCCAUACCCAAGGUCGACCUGCCGCGCCCUCCCGACCCGCAACUCGACCCUGCAGGCUACCUGCGAAGUUUAGGCGCAGUCAGAGAGAGGAGCAAGAUCGUGACCGAGAAGGCGUUGCGAAACGAGUUGAAGCACUUUGACGUGGACAUGCGAAAGUUUCCCGAUGUGGUAACCUUUGUGUCCCAGAUUAUCAAGAGAGAUUACGAUGCACCCUUCAACACGAUUCCGGGCCAUGGACGACACCAGCAUUUCUGUGUGGGCGGCCGAGACCGUAUUGCCCAGUUGCUUUCCACUUUCCCCGAAGAUGUCGACAAUAGCGAGAAGUGUCGCAGGAUGAUCGACCUGUUUGUUGUCAGUGUACUGUUGGAUGCCGGCGCAGGUACGAAAUGGAGCUACAAGAGCACAGAAAACGGUCGCAUCUAUCGCCGGUCAGAGGGUAUUGCAGUGGCGAGUUUGGAAUUGUUCAAGACGGGACUUUUCUCCAGCGACCCUAAAAACAAAUUCCAGGUGGACAAGGGCGGCCUGCAAAAUUUGACGAUAGAAAAGAUGGCCGCUGGACUGCAGUCUAAGCCAGGCAAUGAGAUGGCGGGCAUCGAGGGCAGGACGAACCUUCUUCUGCGCCUGGGCAACGCUCUCACUGAGAAACGCGAGUAUUUUGGAGACAACGGCCGACCGGGCAACAUGGUUGACUAUUUGCUCGCGCACCCCUCAACCCAAGCAUCAUCAACGCCGAUCGUCAUCCUCCCCACCUUGUGGAACGUUCUCAUGAACGGCCUCGCACCCAUCUGGCCCCAGUCCAGAACCGCGCUCAGCGGCGUGUCGCUAGGUGACGCGUGGCCCUGUCAAUCCAUGCCGCAGCCUCCUCAAAGCCCGACGACUUCGCAAUUCUCGCCGUUUCCCCCAUCAGCCCAGAACUCGACAGCCGCUUGGGAGUCGAUUCUGCCUUUUCACAAACUCACUCAAUGGCUCUGCUACAGUCUCAUGCAGCCUAUGCAGUCGCUGCUGCGCAUUCACUUCGCCGGUGUUGAGCUGCUUACCGGCCUCCCGGAGUACCGCAAUGGCGGCCUAUUUAUCGACUUGGGCGUUCUUACGUUGAGGUCCGAGGAGACAGAGAGGGGCCUCCAACACUACGAUGAGUACUGCCGGAGAACGAACGUCAAGCCGGUGGAAGUUGCGCCCAUGUUUGAGCCAAGCGACGAUGUUAUUGUCGAGUGGCGAGGCGUUACUGUGGGCUUUUUGGACAGACUUUGCGUGGAAGUCAACAGGGCGUUGAAGAACGAGCUGAACGGGAACGAGUUGACUUUGGCCCAAUUGCUCGAGGCUGGAAGCUGGAAGGGCGGCCGCGAAAUGGCCGAGUUCAGCCGACCCAACACGAAAGAGCCACCCAUCCUGAUCGACAGUGACGGGACUGUUUUCUAA